AUGGACAACCCUGGUUCCUCGUCUUACAUUGUAGUUGCAUGUGAUGCCACGAGAGAUCGCAAUGAGCAUGAGAUCAAGCUUGUCGUUGAUCACCUUCGAAGCAGGGAUGGCAUUCUCUCUGCAGGUGACAGCUUGCUUGUGCUCGGUGUCUUGCAUAAGGUGCCUCAUCCAAUGGGGUAUCAGUUAUUAGCAUCCCCGGAGUCCUUUACUGGCACCAACAUUCGUGCAAUGGAGGAAGAAGUUAACAAGAAAGUUGAUGCAUAUAAAAGUGUGCUUCUCCCUAGUUACGAAGAAUUUGAAAAUAAUGGGGUUAGCAUCGAAGUUAAAGUCACUGCCGGUUUUCCAAUUCGACAGGUUGUUUUACAAGAGGUUACAAGCUGUAAUGCAUCUUGGGUAAUUCUUGAUAGGCAUCUUCGGCGUGAUUUGAGAUUUUAUAAGAACAAGAUAUCAUGUAAGGUUGCGUUGGUUAAAGAUGACUUGUCUGUGGAUAUUUGGAGAUCUCAUCAUACACAUGAAACGGAUGUCACAGAACAAAAACUUAUCUAUUCUUUGUCAAAGUGUGUUUCACUAUCAGAUUGUCAUAGUGUCGAAGAUGUGGAUCAAUCUAUUAUCUUUUGCAAAGGUUAUCCCGUUUCCACAACUUCUUCUGACAGCUCUAGUAUGUUUAAGAGCACUAGCAGUACGAAAUACUCAAGUUUUAGCAGGUCAGGGGAGAAUAGUUCUUCAAUAGAUAUUGGAUCUUCCUCAGGCAUAAGCAUAAAAGGAGAAUAUGAUCAUCCCAUUAUUUCUCAUAUUUUCCAAAAGCAAAACAAAUAUGGGUUUCUACCAAAUUCUUCAGAUGCUCCAGUUCUUUGUACUGGUUGUGGGACAAGGACUGAAUUAUAUACCAAGGAGUUAUCGAGGUUUAGCUAUUCUGAUAUACAACUUGCAACAAAUGAUUUUUCAAAGGAUAACUUAAUAGGUGAAGGUGGAUAUGGCCACGUAUACAAGGGGAUGCUUAAAGAUGGACAACAAAUAGCAGCAAAGGUAAGGAAAGAAGAGAGCAAACAAGGGUUUUCUGAAUUCCAUUCUGAGGUUUACGUCUUGAGUUUUGCCCGACACAAGAAUAUAGUGAUGCUUUUGGGUUACUGUUGCAAAGAAAGGCUAAAUAUUCUAGUAUAUGAAUAUAUUUGCAAUAAGUCUCUUGAAUGGUAUUUAUUCGAUAAAAAUGAUGGGGUUCUUGAGUGGCACCAUAGAUAUGCUAUUGCCAUUGGAACUGCAAAAGGAUUGCGUUUUCUACAUGAGGAUUGUCGUGGAGGUCCUAUUAUUCAUCGGGACGUGAGACCAAGCAAUAUACUACUCACUCAUGAUUUUGUUCCCAUGCUAGGUGAUUUUGGCCUUGCAAAAUGGAAGACUAGUGAUAAGACUCUUCACACAAGGAUAAUGGGCACAUUAGGAUACCUUGCUCCUGAGUAUGCUGAAGAUGGUAUUGUUUCUGUGAGGAUAGAUGUGUAUGCUUAUGGCAUUGUUCUGUUACAAUUGAUAUCAGGACGCAAAGCCAAUUCUAGUCCAGAUCAACAACUCUCCCUACGACAAUGGGCUGAGCCAAGGAUUGAGAAGUUAGCAUUUCACGAACUCAUUGACUCUCGUCUUGGGGAGUCAUAUAACUCGAAUGAGCUAUACCUUAUGGCGAAAGCAGCAUACUACUGUGUGCAAAGAAAUCAUGAGAAGCGCCCAUCAAUCGGAGAGGUUGUGCGCCUUCUUGAGGGACAAAACGACCACUUCCGCUCUAUUGGAGACCAAAUUAUACCAAAAUAUAAUAUGUGA